UUUUUUCUUCCUUUUUUUCUUUCCAUUUCCGAUAACUCAGAUACCAGUGGCGGCCCUCGGUUCCGAAGUGUUGAUUCCUUCGAGCAAACAAGUCUGUUCUCGUGGUGGUGAGAAUGAUAUUGAUGAUUAGAGUGGUACGAAACAUAACUUUGACAGGGGGGCCCUUGCAGGUCGGCGAUGUGGCUGACUGCCAGAAGCCCGACAUUGCGCUGGUCGACAUCCUGGAAAACUCACUCCCAGAGUCCAGUGACACAAAGAAGCAGCAUGCAAUUUCGCGGCCAUUUCCACCAACUUCGCGACCAGACCGAAUCCCGCAGGUGGAUGAAGCUGUCUCGGAACUUGCCUCUGAAUGAAGCCCGCUGUCGAGAGAAGAGCACUGACCUGACCCGACGAGUCACCCGAAGCACGUUUGACAGUGAAGUUCUUGACCAGUUACCUUACAGUCCGCUUCAAUUGAAGAGGGAUUGUCAGGCACCCGGUGCGGAUCAGGAACCGUUUCUCGAUCGCCGUCGGCACCUGGUGAUGACGAGCGUAGAUUCUAGAUCCCGGUCCAUCUUUCUCACGUGCCGUGGCUCGGUUUUCCGAAUCUCGGGGUCCUGCGGCUUCGGCUGGUUAUCGAGAUCUUGGGGCACAAACCUUGCUCCCACAGCGCACGCAGAGCAAGCUCAUCUCGACAAGCCAGGGGAGGGAGAUUAUCAGGACCAUGGGUGGAGCUCAAAGCUCGACAUUUCACUGCUGGAAGAAUGCACGGUUCAUGAUCGACAUGCAAGGGUGCGUUACAGAAUCGACAGGGGCGGUCCUGAAAGGGGGAGAAGUGGGAGUGACAUUAAGCGGACAGUGUUUCUCUGUUUGAAUGCUUUCAGCAGGGCUUAAAUCAUGCGAAUUCAAAGACAUAGCUGCCGUUUCCGAUGGUGUCUUAUCCGGGGUUACUGCGCCCCUUUUCAGGCUUUUCCCCCUUGCGCACCUUCGUUGCUUUCGCUCUGCUUUUUCGUCGCUCGCGAGGAACACUGAUCUCGCAGGGUGUCU